AAGCAUGGCGGCCGGUCCGAUUGCCGAACGAAAUCAAGAUGCCACAGUUUAUGUGGGUGGUCUUGAUGAAAAGGUAUCGGAAGCUAUAUUAUGGGAAUUAUUUCUCCAGGCAGGGCCUGUCGUGAAUGUACACAUGCCCAAGGACCGAAUCACACAGUCACAUCAGGGCUAUGGAUUUGUGGAAUUCAUGGGCGAAGAGGAUGCCGAUUAUGCAAUCAAGAUUAUGAACAUGAUAAAACUAUAUGGGAAGCCGAUUCGAGUUAAUAAGGCUUCAGCUCAUCAGAAGAAUCUGGAUGUUGGGGCAAAUAUAUUUAUUGGGAACUUGGAUCCCGAGGUGGAUGAGAAAUUAUUAUAUGACACAUUCAGUGCUUUUGGUGUGAUAUUACAAACACCUAAGAUCAUGAGAGACCCAGAGAGUGGUAAUUCUAAAGGCUUUGCCUUCAUCAACUUUGCCAGCUUCGAGGCGUCAGAUGCGGCCAUUGAGGCUAUGAAUGGACAGUACCUGUGUAAUCGACCGAUAUCCAUAUCCUAUGCGUUUAAAAAAGAUUCAAAAGGCGAGAGACAUGGGUCAGCAGCAGAACGUCUACUUGCUGCACAAAAUCCAUUAUCACAAGCAGACCGGCCACAUCAGUUGUUUGCUGAUGCUCCACCACCUCCGCAACCACCAGCACCACCGGCGCCACCACACGGGCAUGGAGGAAGCGGCCUUCCACCUAUGUCGCAGGGGAUGACAUCUGAGUCGAUGCAGUUUGGAUCAGUGCCUCCUCCACCUCCACCUAUUGUAUCGGGCAUGUCAAUGGCUUCAUCCAUGGACACAGAUGUGCCUCCCCCUCCAGUACCACCCCCGUCUGGAGUACCGCCUCCCCCAAAUGUACCUCCGCCACCAAUGCCACCACCUGGAGUGCCACCUCCUCCGUGGAUGCCACCUCCUCCAGGCGGCCAAGGACAUCCCCCAAUGCAGCGGCCUCCGCCUCCUCCAUUCUCGACUGGCGACUCUGGAUCAUCAGAUUCUCAGAUGCAGAACCAGAUGAGAGGCAUGCCCCCACCACCAGGUUAUCCUGGACCUCCGGGUAUGCCACCCCCACCAGGCCCACCUCCUCCAGGCAUGGGACCAGGUGGUCCACCAGGUAUGCGAGGACCUCCACCCCCAGGAAUGCCGCCACCACCAGGCUGGGGACCCCGAUGGCGAGGACCCCCACCACCAUUUGGUCGACCACCUCCACCACGUGGCCCACCACCAGGUGGCCCUCCACCACGAGGAAUGAGGCCACCGCCACGGAUGCGGGGACCUCCACCCCCAAGACCGCCUCGGAUGAGAGAAGGAGACUGGGGCGACUCUUGAUCACAGCUGCUGCCUGAUCAACGCCUAGAACUUUUUGAAAUAUCGAGUCUGAGGAUUACCUUGAUUUUUAUGUUUUGCACAGAGAAGAAAGUCAGUCCAUGCGUCAUACGUGGAAAAGAAACAUUGCAGGAAAUGAGAACUGUGUGUUAUCUCUGCCUGUUCUGAGUUUUGUUACCAUCUUUGAAGUGGAUGAGACUUCUCACUGAAAGGUGAGAAUCGAUAAUCGAUAACUGUUAUUGUCACUGCCAUUGGGAUGACUUAAAGAAUUAUGGUGAGGGUGAAUUACAGACCUGUAAGGCCUUCUCAAGGGAAGACAGUAUCCAGUAAAAAAGGAUUAAAGACACUGCGAGGGAUAUAGUAUAACUUUUCUAUUGGUGGAAUACUCGAGAACCUCAUUUUUAUGCUGUUCAUGUGAAAUUUCAUGAAUCUUUCCUAAAUACCAGUGACUGAAAUCAGCAAGAGGAUUCUAGGGCCUCGGUAAAAGCAUCCAUCCCGGGGGCUUUUUUGUGAGUAGCAUAUUCAAUACAUGUAUAUGUAAUGGAAUAAACUUAUUUGUGAAUA